CAAAUAAAUGAUUAUAGAAAUGUUGUUGACCUGUAGUCUGCAAAAUAAGUAUAAGGUAUACAGCAUCAUAAAACCUUCAGGAAAUGCAUCUGGUGUCAAGAUCUUGUCAAGGACAGGGCUUAAUUAAUGAUGGGCAAAGAAUCGAUAAAGAUUUCAAAUUGUUGUACUUCAUAGAUGAUGCAGGAUCUCAGAAAUAAUAUUGUGUUGCAAUUCAGUAAGGUGGGAGGGAGAUGAAAAAUGAGAUGUUUUAACUACUGGUCCAGGGGUGAUAUUCUAAGAGAGAAAAACUAAUACAUGAAUGUCUACUCAAUACUCUCUUUGUUCAAUUAAGCCAUUCUGUGCAUUAUCCUAUUUCACAAAUAGUAUUCCUUUUGAUGAACAGAAAUUCCCUUUUAUGUGUAAUCCCUAACUCGGCAGAGGGUCACUAUCCAGAUCUGUGUACUAACUCCUGCUACUACUAAGUUCUUUUGACAGAAAAUCAUUAGGGCUUCCAACAUCCCAAAGAUCAAUAAACCAUUCCAAACGCAACAGUGAUUCAGAAUGCAGUAGGAAUUUCAAGCUUGGAAGUGAAGCAGUCUGAUUAUAAUAUGAUAACAUAUGACGUUAUUUUGUAUUAACAUUUUAUUCAACCGGAAUUGUAACUUUUCGUUGAAAGAAACGUUUGGAAAAUAAUGGAUUUAAGUGAUCAGUAGAAUUCAAGCAGAAUGGACACAAAUUUUACAUACUAGCAGACGGGGAUAUUUUGAUUUGGUGAAAAUCCCAAGUGAAGGGACAAGAACCGUAUAAGCAAGAUGUCGUCAGUCAAGGUCGCGGUGAGGGUGCGACCCUUCAACAGCCGUGAACUCGGCCUCAACUCAAAUCUCAUCAUCAACAUGAAGGACAAAACAACAUUUAUAACAAAUCCAAAGGCAGGUCCAAAGGAUCAAAAAGUUCGCAACUUCAGCUUUGAUUACUCUUAUUGGUCUCACACAACACCAGGUGAUGAAAACUUUGCGACCCAGAAGCAGGUGUAUGAGGAUAUAGGGGUGGAGAUGCUGGACCACACCUUUGAGGGCUACAAUGUCUGUAUAUUUGCCUAUGGACAGACAGGAGCGGGCAAAAGUUACACAAUGAUGGGCAAGAGUGAGCCCGGACAAAUGGGAAUUAUUCCUCAGCUAUGUGAGGAUUUGUUUGAAAGAAUUAAGGCAGUGAAGAGUGAAGAUGUACAGUUUUCUGUGGAAGUGAGUUACAUGGAAAUCUAUUGUGAAAGAGUGAGGGAUCUUCUGAACCCUGGAAACAACAAAGCUCUGCGUGUGAGAGAGCACCCUCUGUUAGGUCCCUAUGUGGAGGAUUUAUCAAAGCUAGCUGUGCAGUCUUUUGAUGAUAUUAAUAACCUCAUAGAUGAAGGAAAUAAGGCUAGAACUGUGGCUGCUACAAAUAUGAAUGAAACCAGCAGUCGAUCCCAUGCAGUAUUCACCAUUAUUUUUACUCAGCGUAGAAGAGAUGAAGCUACCAAUAUGGUUGGAGAGAAAGUUAGUAAAGUUAGUUUAGUAGAUUUAGCAGGAAGUGAACGAGCGGAUUCAACAGGAGCCAAGGGGACUCGACUCAAAGAAGGAGCGAAUAUCAACAAGUCCCUGACCACUCUCGGCAAAGUCAUCUCAGCACUCGCUGAAGUCAGUGCGAUGGACAUCAAAUCCAACAAGAAAAAGAGGAAGGCUGAUUUUAUUCCCUACAGAGACUCUGUGUUAACCUGGCUGCUCAGGGAGAACUUAGGAGGAAAUUCUAAAACUGCCAUGAUAGCUGCUUUGUCACCGGCUGAUGUUAACUAUGAUGAAACACUCAGCACUUUAAGAUAUGCUGACAGAGCCAAGCAGAUUGUAUGUAAGGCUGUGGUCAAUGAAGAUCCAAAUGCCAAAAUCAUCAGAGAACUCAAGGAAGAGGUGGCUAAACUGAGGGAAAUCUUGCAUACAGAGGGCAUUCAGCUUGGAGAAGGAAUUGAAGGACUUCCUGAUCCAAGAGUAAUGACAAGAUCCAGGAAAGAUUCUUUGACAAUGGAUGAUGGAGAAAAUGCCAUAGAAAGGCUUCAGAUGUCUGAGAAACUGAUCGCAGAACUGAAUGAAUCAUGGGAGGAAAAGCUUCGUAGAACCGAAGCAGUUAGAAAAGAAAGGGAGGCAACUCUAGCAGAAAUGGGAGUUGCUCUGAAGGAAGAUGGUGGAACUAUUGGUGUGUUUUCACCGAAGAAGUCACCUCAUUUGGUCAACCUUAACGAGGAUCCACUGAUGUCGGAAUGUUUGAUCUACUACAUCAAAGAAGGAACUACAAGAGUUGGAUUGAAGGAUGCAGCCAAGAACAACGACAUUCAAUUGAGUGGAUCCAACAUUUUUGAGGAACAUUGUCUUUUCCACAACAGCGAAGGAAAAGUGACUUUGCUGCCCAUUGAAAAUGCUGUUGUGUAUGUGAAUGGUAAACAGAUAACAGAGGAGACAGAAAUGAAAACAGGGGCCAGGGUCAUCAUUGGUAAACACCAUGUCUUCAGAUUCAACCACCCAGAUCAAGCUCGUCAAAGUAGAGCACAUCUCAUUGACUUUGAUCAAAUAGAAUCUGUUGGAUCAAAUGAACAAGAAGAUGUGAAGACAGAAUCGGAACAAGAAGCGGAGCCAGUAGAUUGGACAUUCGCACAGUUGGAGUUGUUAGAGUCUCAAGGCAUAGACUUACGGAGAGAUAUGGAAGCUAGGCUCCAAGGCUUAGAGGAACAAUACAGAAAAGAAAAAGAAGAAGCGGAUCAGCUUUUUGAACAACAGAGAAAGGAUUAUGAGACAAGGAUCCAGAAUCUGCAGGAGGAGGUGAUGCGUCACUCCAUGAUGUCGAGCUUUGCAGCCACAGAGGAAACAAUUGAAGAGGAGGAAGAAGAGUUUACAUGGACUGAGAAGGAGAAACAGGUAGCUGCCUGGGCCUUUAGGAAGUGGAAGUACCACCAGUUUACUUCACUCAGGGAUGAUCUGUGGGGAAAUGCUAUCUUCCUCAAAGAGGCCAAUGCAAUAAGUGUGGAACUGAGCAAAAAGGUACAGUUCCAGUUUGUACUGCUGACCGAUACUCUCUACUCCCCUCUUCCCCCAGAACUCUUCCACCCGGGGGAGAGGGAUGAUGAUCGCCCCUUCCCCAGGACAGUGGUGGCAGUGGAGGUCCAGGACACAAAGAACGGAGCCACCCACUACUGGAGCUUGGAGAAGCUAAGACACAGGUUGGAGCUCAUGCGAGAUAUUUACAAUGAGGAUCAGUCGCCCGGCACACCAGAGGCCAAACAGAAUUUCUUCCAAUGUCUAGCAGGCUGUGGGCCGUCACAAAACUACUUUAACUUCAUUAACCUCAUUCCCUCCAGACAAAGACUUGAGUUGAUGAGACAGAUGUACCACAAUGAAGCAGAGUUAUCUCCCACUUCACCAGAGCCCAACAUUGACUCAAUGAGUGGAGGAGAUCCAUUCUACGACCGAUUCCCCUGGUUCAGGCUGGUUGGGAGAGCUUUUGUGUACCUGAGUAACCUGUACUACCCUGUACCAUUGGUGCAUCGCGUGACAAUUGUUAGUGAGAAGGGAGAGGUCAAAGGUUACCUCAGGGUGGCUGUGCAGGCAAUAACAGAGAAAGAAGAAGCCCCAGAUUACACUCCAGGAAUCAGACAGUCUGGAAAUGCCAAAAUUUCUUUCAGUGACAAUGAUUAUUUUAAAAGAAAACAGCAAUUCAGUGACUUGUCCUCACAAACGGCGCCCUCUACUGAGAACCUGCGAUAUGUGGAGGGUGAAGGUCAAAGUCCAGACAACUCUAUCAAUACUUCUGAGCCAUAUAUUUGUGAGACGAAGACCAAAGCAGUGGAUCUCUUCCCCGACAUUGAUGAGAAGGAACUCCCCAGUCACCUCAAAGUGGACUCGCAAUUCCAGUUCAGGGUCACCAUCCUAGAGGCUUCUGGGAUAGCUUCUGAAUAUGCCGACAUCUUCUGUCAAUUCAACUUCUUACAUAGACAUGAUGAGGCAUUCUCUACUGAACCCUUGAAAAAUGGUGGAAAGAGCCAUCCUCUUGGAUUUUACCAUGUACAGAAUUUCACUGUGUCAGUGUCUAAGUCAUUCAUAGACUACAUCAAAACACAGCCACUUGUGUUUGAAGUGUUUGGACACUAUCAACAGCAUCCAUUACAUGAACAGGCCAGAGAAAUCCCUUACAAUGUCCGACCCAGACCGAAGCGUAAUUUUCCUCCCAUGAUUCCAGUGUCUAAACCAGUCCCCUCUCCAAAGUACGGAGUGCUCAGUCCACCAAGAGUAAAAAAGUCACAAAAACAUGAUUUGCUAAUUGAAGUAAAGAAAGCAAACAAAGAAGGGUUUUACGAUUCUGGUCGCAGUCUGGAGUCCCCACUUUCUCCUGGUUCGAACUGUAGUCACAUACAUUCCAGAUUUGACCUGCUUGUUUGGUUUGAGAUCUGUGAGCUAGCACCCAAUGGAGAGUACGUUCCCUGUGUGGUGGACCACAGUGACAACCAGCCCUGUGCUGGGCUGUUCAUGCUCCACCAAGGAAUACAGAGGAGGCUAGCCAUCACCAUCAUGCAGGAACAGAGUCCAGAAAUAGACCUCAUCUGGAAGGAUGUGAAGGAACUGGUUGUUGGUCGUAUUCGCACCACACCAGAAUACCAUGAAGUAGACAACGAGACUUCUGUGCUGUCACUCAAUCUUUUCCCCGCCUCCUACAUUCAAUACCCAGGAGAUGACAGAAUUUACUUUCGCUUUGAGGCGGCCUGGGAUAGUUCCUUACAUAAUUCCCAUCUGCUGAACAAAGUCACUGCCUCUGGUGACAGGAUUUAUAUGACGCUUUCAGCCUACAUUGAGGUGGAAAACUGCCAACAGCCUGCUUGUAUCACCAAAGAUUUAAGUAUUGUUAUUCAUUCAAGAGACACCAAAAUUUCUACCUCAAGAACCUUGAGGAACUUCUUUGGAGGGAGUAAGUCUCUGGACGGUAACCGUGUGAGUGGGAUCUACGAGCUGUUCCUGCGGCGGGCCUCAGAAUCAGGUAGUCCAGGUGCCCAGAGAAGACAGAGGCGAGUGUUAGACACCUCCUCCACCUACGUCAGGGGCGAGGAGAACCUCAAUGGAUGGAGACCGAGGGGUGACUCUCUGAUAUUUGACCAUCAGUGGGAGCUAGAGAAACUCACUAGGCUAGAAAUGGUUGAGAAAUCACGUCAUGUAUUACUUUUGAGAGAGAAACUUGCUGAACAGAACAAGACUCAAGAAUUGAGUAAACUAGAUAAGGAGGCCUCUAAUAAGUCCAAGAAAGCCAAGCAUGACCAGGAGAAAGAAGAGAUUCUGAACAAAUCGGACAUUUCAGAAGACAAAUCAGUGGAGAAGUGGGAAAAAGAUGAUGCAACAGAGAAGUACGAGAGACAGGGUCAUGGUGUGUACAACUUCACAACAGAUGGAAGCCGGGAGCAAGAGCUGACUGCCAAAUGUCUGCGAUACAUCUUACAGGGGAAAUCUCUGCUGAGUCCACCAACUCCCAAGCUUCUUAGCCAGAUGACUGAGUCGAUGGCCAGUAACACCACCACUGACAGCGAGGCUGAUCUGAUCCCUAGUGACCAGUCCAUGUUGUCCAGCAUCGCCAGUUCUUCUGCUUCAGAUUUAUGCAGACAUGCCAACAACCCACCCCCAAAUAUCACAGUCUCCAAGUCUUGUGACAGUCUGAUGUCCAAUUCUACGUCAGAAGUGUGUGAUCGCAAGUUCUCCCUGCCAAUCAAACCCAACACCACAGACUUGGACGACGACAAUUACAUUCCAUUGGUGGAUGAAGUGAGGGUCAGCCCUGUAGUGUCCAGGAAAGGCUAUCUCAACUUCCUGGAAGAAAAACAUACUGGCUGGGUCAAGAAAUAUGUGAUUGUACGCAGACCAUACAUUUACAUCUACAAUUCUGAAAAAGAUCCUGUGGAGAGAGCCAUCAUUAACUUGGCUACAGCCCAGAUAGAGUACAGUGAGGAUCAACAGUCACUGCUGAAGGUCAGGAACACUUUUUCUGUGCUGACAAAACACCGAGGAUUUCUGAUGCAGACCCUGGAUGAUAAAGAUUUCCACGACUGGCUGUAUGCUCUAAAUCCUCUUCUGGCAGGCCAGAUAAGGUCUACUUUGUCCAGAAGAAAACUGCCCAUGAAUAUAUGAAAGAACAAAAGAAACAAAAACAAAAAAAUAAUUGUGAUGUGCUUAAAUAUUCAUCUCACCCACCAAACCAUAGAAGGAAGUACAUGUAUAAAGUAGAUCUGAUAGGAGGAGAUAACUUAUUCCUACCAUUAUCUGUGUGUUUAUCCUAUUUGUUUUUGUCCAGUCUGAUGUACCAGAUCUUCUGAUGUGUUUGUGAUUCCAGUGGACGGAGAGAUUUGUUAGCGGAGUGUUGACAGCACUUUUGUGAUAUGAACAAGGAUCUUUGUUACUUGUAUUGAUCAUCUGUUUUGUUGUCGAUGGUGUUAUAACCGUGUGUAUAGACUCAUAGCUCAUGAGAUAUGUGUAUAUUGUUAUCAUUAUAUUCUCAUUCCAUGUGAACUCUCUGUUUCCCAAUGUGUUAGAGACUCUCACCGAUUAUUUCACUCUGGGACUUACAGUCUUCAAAAACUGGCUAAGGUUUUGUGUGAUUAUUUUCAAAAAUGUGAAACUGCUUAAAAAGCAAUGGAGAGUUUAAAUUGUCAUCUGCAGAGGACUUUUGCCAGUAAAUGGUUCUGUGUUUAUCAUUCCAUGUGUUGUAACAAAAAAUGAAAAAUAUUGUUACACUUCAAUGUUAAUUCUAGAGAAACAUACUAGUGAAUGAUUAACAUGUAUUGGAGGAAAUAACUGGUUAUUUUGAUCUACGGUAGUAUUUGGUGGUAAGUUUUGUGCCAAGAUGUCUCCUAUUAUUAAAUAGUAAGUGUUGCAGAUCAUUGAGUUUUGCAACAUAACAUGUAAUGAACUUGAGUGGUCAUGUAAUUUUCUAGUCAAAAAGGUUUUUUGUGUGUUCACUAAAACAUGAUUGAAUUCAAACUAUAGAAAUCUGAACUUUUCUUUCUUCCUAUUCAUAUAUUAAAUGUUGUUAGUAAUUGUAACACUCAAAUAAUGCAUAAAACAAUGCAUAAAAAAUGUCAUCUACAAAGUUUGUAUUGGGUAUUAAACUAACAAAAUGAGCAGGUGCUUUUAACACAGCAAAUUUGAAAUCAUCCAUUGACUUAUUAAAUUUUUUGCUGUUUAAAUUUGUUAAUAUAUAUACCCUAUGUCAUUAUGAAAUGGAUAACAACAUUUAGAGUCAGCAAUGUUGCCAUGUCUUACAUACAAUGUAGCUUUUUUCACACAAAUGAUAUUUAUUCAUGUAGAUUGUACAUGUAUUAAUCUAUUAUUUGUAGGACAUAUACUAAUGUAUCAUAGUUUCCAAAUCUUCAACUCCCACUGAUAAUUGCCAAAUGUAUGAAGUCAUUUCUUAUCAGGGUGGUUAUUUUAGAUAGAAAUUACCUGGUUUUUAGCUGGGAAAUUGUUUUUUUAUUACUGAAUUGUUGGUAUAUAAGCUGGUUGUAUUGGAUACUUGUGUCUGUGUUGGCACUGAUAACUCCUUCAAUAUACAACUUAAGAUCGAAAAAUUCCCCAAAGUGUGAUGGGGUAGCCACCCUAAUAUGAACUUAAUUUUCAGCAUACUAAAUGGCGAAUUACUGGAUUUUUUCUGUAGGACUUUGAGGACUUUGUAAAUUACUCUUUCUGAACCAUGUAGUGGUUACCGGUAUGUAGUAUUUUUGCAAUAGAGCACUUACUGACUCAAAACUUUCUGGAGUGCAUCAUAUCAUGUCAUAGUUGUGAAAUUCUUUGUUGAUUUAAUUUUAUGUUUUUAUAUACAUUUAAUUUAUACCAUUAUUUAUUUGUGCAAUAUUACCAUUCAGGUAUGUUAUACAUUAUGUUUUUUUAUACUUUAUUUUUCAUUUGAACUUAAACAAAUGAAAGGAUUUAGAACAAACAGGAUAAGAUAUUGUUUGACAAUUUAUCAUUGAGGAUUUUAACCUCAAACUUAUGCACAAAGCAAUCUGUUGGAAUUAAUGUAAACACCUGUUGUUAAAGGUACCAAUGCAUGUUGAUCUAGAAAAAAGAGAAUAACAAGGGUAAUGAAUAUAAAUAAAUCCUUUUUCAAUAUCAGUAAAUAACAACAUUGCAGGGUGCAGAAUGUUGCUUCUAGAAAAAAACAAAUGAACAUUCCAGUAUAGAUAAUAAGAAUUCCAAUUAUUUUUUUAUGAUAAACUGUUUGAUACUUAGAACCCCUAUAUUGAAAUCACCCUCAAACUAAUAAUGUGGUGGAUUUUAAUUUCCAUGUUUGUUGAUGAGCAUAUUUACAGAAUUGGUCAAUGUUGUUUCAAUUGCAUUCAAUUCCAAAUAUUUUUUCACAGUUAUUACUCUUAAAUUGAUUCUUUGCCAUCAAAAUUGACUGCAUCAUAAAGGCAGGUAGGGGUUAAUCCUUGAGAUAAAACAUGCACUUGUACUUAUGAAAUGAAAUCCUGAGAUUUUUAAGCUUGGUUAUUUCAAAAAUCAUUUUAUGCACACUUUUGUUCUUACAAAAAAUAUUGAAAAUAAUUUUUAUCAUUGUACAUGUAGCAUAAGGUACUUAUUUUGUUAGACUUUAAAUAAAACAGAAAUAUUGGGAUACAAAAUACUCCUCUAAAAUAUUUUUUUUAGAAAUAUUUGGAUAGGAUUAGGAUACAAAAGAUUCCUAAAAAUGCUGAAAUGUGAAAUUAUUUUUUAAAAUGUUUAACCUUUUCUUGCUCAUUGGAAUGGCUGUGUAUGUUUUGUUGUUUUGGGUUUGUUUUUUUUCUACAAAAAGAAAGUUAAGGAUUCAAGCCAAUUCCUGUUUGCGCAUCAUGCAGAUAUAUAGUAUGGAUCAGUGAUAAUUGAAUCUGUUGAUCAGUUGGAAAUGUGACAAUCUCCAAGUUCUAUGGAGGAGUUAUAGUCCAGUCUGUUCAGUGAGUGACCACUGUAUUAGAUAGGUGCCAUGCAUUUGUUUUAUAGGAAUGAUUUAAAUGUGUGUUUUGUACUCAUUUUCAUCCAAUUUUUAAAGAAAACAAUAUAAAGAAAAUGUUGUUGAAAGUUCAAAAAUCCAAGCACAAACCCAAAUGUUGCCCAAGUGUUGUGUUAAUUUAUAUUCUAAGAUAUCCCACCUAUAAGAAGUAUGUGAAUAUCAAUGAUAUAUGGAAGUACAUGUACAAUGUUAGUUAUAAUGUAUAGAACUUAUCAUGAUUUCAGGUUAUAUUAUUUCAAUGGUGCAUUUAAAGGAGAAAAAAGAUUGGUUCAAAUAUGAACCUUCUUUUUUAAAUCAUAUUAUAAAUGACACAAACAUUCCCAUUUGGUUUUUAAAAUACUUUACAUAUAAAGGCAAGUUGAAAGUUUUCGAAAGUCUACAUGCAUUGGUAAAAAAAAAAUGUCUUAAAUUAAUAGAAAUGAAUCCAAAUACAUAAUUAACAUCUAAUUGUUUUAUCUUGUAUGUGAAUUUAUGGGUUUCAUAAAAAAAAUGUUUUAGUUGGAACUUGUCCAAAUUCAGUAAACUUAGGCAUUAACUGUACUUUUUCUUUACAAUAUAGAUUUUAAUUAAUUAAAUGAAAUUCAAAUGCUAUGAAUCUAAAUCUGGUAGAAAUUAUGAUUUUCUUGUAAUGAAAAGUUUGCAUUAUAGAUUUCUUUGCUGUCUUAGAUAUUUUAUGGAAAAUUUCUUGUGUUUGGUUUAUAAAAUGAAUUCCUCUCAGAAUGAAAUCUUAUCAUUACACUUGUAUUUGAUCUAUAUCUAUUAAUUAUGAUAUAUCCAGUUGCCACCAUGAAUUUACUGUUAAAAUGAAUUCAUUGCAUUUUUCAAUGUAGUAACAAAGUGAUCUACAGUGUUUGCAAAUGAAAUUCAACUCUGUGAAUUAUGCUUUAAUUUUGUUAUGCUUAUUGCAGUAAUAAAAGACAUAAAUUCA